AACCCAUUUCCUCUCCUGUAACCUCACUACAGUUUUUUGUGGUUCCCACUUUUUCUCCAAGCCAUUUUUUCUUGUGCAGAAAAAAGGCGAACAUAUGGAGUUUUUCUGGAAAAUGAUGUCAUUGAUGAGUCUGAUGAUGAUGGUGAUGUGCAAGAGUGUGGAUGGUUAUAGUAGCGGUUGGGUCAAUGCUCGAGCCACAUUCUAUGGAGGUGCUGAUGCUUCUGGCACCAUGGGCGGUGCGUGUGGGUACGGUAACCUAUACAGUCAAGGAUACAACACGAACACAGCGGCGCUAAGCACGGCUCUAUUCAACGGCGGCCAAAGCUGCGGCGCUUGUUUCCAGAUCAAAUGUGUAAACGACCCAAAAUGGUGUCGCCGGGGAACAAUCACCGUCACCGGAACAAACUUUUGUCCACCUAACUUUGCUCAAGCCAACGACGCCGGAGGUUGGUGUAACCCUCCCCAACAUCACUUUGACUUAGCUCAGCCCAUCUUUCUCCGCAUAGCUCAAUACAAAGCUGGUGUCGUCCCCGUCCAAUACCGAAGAGUGGUUUGCCGGAGAAGAGGAGGAAUGAGAUUCACGAUCAACGGCCACUCAUACUUCAACCUCGUACUCAUAACUAACGUCGCCGGUGCCGGGGAUGUAGUUUCCGUCUCCGUUAAAGGGACAAGGACAGGUUGGCAAAGCAUGUCGAGAAACUGGGGACAGAACUGGCAAAGCAACGCAAAUCUUGACGGCCAGGCUCUUUCCUUCAAAGUAACAACUAGUGAUGGCCGUACAGUCGUCUCUAACAACGCUACUCCUCGUAACUGGAGCUUCGGACAGACUUAUACAGGAAAACAGUUCCGAGGUUAGAGGUGAUGACGUGGACUGAACACUUUAUGAUGAAGAAAAAAACGUUUUUACUUAUUACUGAUUUUGGAAUUUCUUAGAGUUUGCAUAGGUUUUUAAAAAAUGUUUCGGAAUUUAUCUAAUUAACCCAAAAGAGAAACUAAAAUAAAUAAUUAAAUGGCAGAAAAACAAGUUUUUUUCACCGGCAGCUUUUGUAAUUUGCCGGUGAGUCUGAGGUGAACAGAAAGGGAGAAAAAGAGCUUUGUGUUUUCACCCGCCGCCUGAGCAUUUGAGA